AUGGCCUCAGCGGUUCCAGAGAAAGCGAGAUCAGACAAGAGUAUGGAUAGUGAUACCACGGAGAGAACGCCUGGAUUAGGCGGCACAUCAGGCACAAGUCUAGCCGAAGAACUGGGUUCAACAUCAGGUGGAAACACUAGCACAUCAGCUCAACAUUCUAGUACUGGAUUAGGUGUGGGAGGAACAAGUGGCGGUCAAGGUGGAGGAAGCUCAGGCACUAGUAGUUCUCAAAAAUAA